GUCAAAGCUUCCACCUUCAUUUUUCUUAAAGCUUCAACCUUCAUUUUUCUUCUCUAGAAGACCAAAACGAAGUCCAUCCUCUGUCUGUGCCAGUGGAAAUGUCAACGGCUCGGACAACUCUGUGCCUCCUCUGCUUAAUCUCCAUAAUUUCCACCAUCAAAUCCGACGACCUUCAAAUUCUACUUAAUCUUAAAACCGCCCUACAAAAAUCAAACACAAACGUGCUUGACUCAUGGGUGUCCACGAAUUCAAUUUGCAGUUUUACAGGAAUUACAUGUGAUUCAACAGGGUUGGUGAAGGAAAUGGAGCUUUCCAACCAGAAGUUAACCGGGGUUCUUCCUCUUGAUUCAAUAUGUCAACUUCAAUCAUUGGAAAAGCUUUCAUUUGGGUUCAAUUUCUUGUAUGGAACAAUCAUGGAAGACUUGAAUAAGUGCGUGAAGCUUCAGUACCUGGAUUUGGGGAACAAUUUGUUCACCGGGUCGUUCCCUGAUAUAUCAUCUCUCAGUGAAUUGCAGCACCUUUAUUUGAAUCAAAGCAGAUUCACAGAUUUUCCAUGGAAGUCGCUCACGAACAUGACGGGUCUGGUUUCACUGAGUGUCGGAGACAACCCAUUUGUUCGAACUCCAUUUCCGAUGGAGGUGGUGACCCUCACGAAGCUCAAUUGGCUUUACAUGACAAAUUGCAGCAUAGAAGGGACAAUUCCACCCGGAAUCGGAAACCUCACGGAGCUUAUAAACUUGGAGCUCUCCGUGAAUAAUUUAUCCGGUGAAAUCCCGGCGGAGAUUGCGAAGCUUGAGAAGCUCUGGCAACUUGAGCUCUACAAAAACAACCUGAGUGGAAAAUUUCCUAUUGGGUUCGGAAACCUCACGAAUUUAGAGAAUUUCGAUGCUUCAACAAACUAUUUACGAGGGGACUUGUCUGAAUUGAGAUCCUUAACGAAUUUGGUGACCUUGCAAUUGUUUGAAAAUGAGUUUUCCGGUGAAAUACCAGUCGAGUUUGGUGAAUUCAAGAAGCUUGUAAACCUUUCAUUGUACACGAACCAGUUGACGGGUCCUCUGCCUCAGGACAUCGGUUCGUGGUCUGAUUUUAAUUUCAUUGAUGUCUCCGACAAUUUCUUGUCGGGCCCAAUUCCGCCGAACAUGUGCAAGAAACGGAAGAUGAGGGGGUUUCUCAUGCUCCAGAACAAUUUCUCCGGUGAAAUCCCGGUGAGCUACACAGAUUGCCCGUCGUUAAAAAGGUUCAGAGUCAAAAACAAUUCACUUUCCGGUGUAGUUCCGGCUGGAAUUUGGGGAUUGCCCAAUGUGAAUAUUAUCGAUCUUACUCUGAAUAAAUUUGAAGGUACAAUCACUAAAGAUAUCGGAAAUGCAAAAGCUUUGUGGCAGUUAUUUGUUGGGAACAACCGAUUAUCAGGUGAAUUGCCGGAGGAGAUUUCAAAUGCAACGGCUUUGUUUGAUAUAGAGCUUAAUGACAAUCAGUUUUCCGGCAAUAUACCGGCAACUAUUGGGGAAUCGAAGCAGCUGAGUAGUCUUCAUUUACAGAACAACAAGUUUUCUGGGUCAAUACCAGAGUCUUUAGGUUCUUGUGAGCCACUCAGUGACUUAAACAUGGCUCACAAUUCACUUUCCGGCCAAAUUCCGUCCUCUUUGGGUUCUCUACCCACUCUCAACUACUUGGAUUUGUCAAACAAUGAACUUUCCGGUCAAAUUCCGGACAGUUUGUCUUCAUUGAGAUUAAGCCUGCUUGAUCUGUCUAGCAAUCGAUUAACCGGUCGUAUACCCCUAGCUCUGUCUAUUGAAGCAUAUAAUGGAAGUUUUGCAGGAAACCCUGGUCUCUGCAGCCAGAGUAUCCGGUCCUUCCGGAAGUGUUCGAAGGAUUCCGGGAUGUCCAAAGAUGCGCGGACACUCAUUGUUUGCUUUGUCGUAGGUUCAGUGAUGCUCAUUAUUUGCUUUGGAUGUUUUUUCUAUCUAAAGAAGAGAGAAAAAGAUGAUCAUGAACGAUCUUUGAAGGAAGAAUCUUGGGACGUGAAGUCCUUCCAUGUCUUAACCUUCACAGAAGACGAGAUUCUUGAUUCCAUCAAGCAAGAAAAUCUAAUAGGGAAAGGAGGUUCAGGAAAUGUGUACAAAGUAGGACUCUCUAAUGGUAAAGAACUUGCUGUGAAACAUAUUUUCAACACUGAUUUCCACGGCUGGAAAAGGGCGCGCAGCAGUUCUCCAAUGCUCGGAAAACAUGGAAGUAAGUCAUGGGAAUUCGAAGCUGAGGUGCAGACCUUGAGCUCGAUAAGGCACGUGAACGUGGUGAAACUGUAUUGCAGCAUAACUAGCGAGGACUCGAGCUUGUUGGUGUAUGAAUACAUGCCUAAUGGGAGCUUAUGGGACAAGCUGCACUCAAGCCAAAAGAUGGAACUUGAUUGGGAGGCAAGGUAUGAAAUCGCGGUGGGGGCGGCCAAAGGGUUGGAGUAUCUCCAUCAUGGAUGCGAGAGGCCGAUAAUUCAUCGGGACGUUAAGUCUAGCAACAUUUUGUUAGAUGAGUUCUUGAAGCCUAGAAUUGCUGAUUUUGGGCUCGCCAAGAUUGUUCAGUCUAACACCGGCAAGGACUCCACACAAGUCAUCGCUGGUACUCACGGCUACAUCGCUCCCGAAUACGGAUACACAUACAAAGUGAACGAGAAGAGCGACGUGUAUAGUUUUGGAGUCGUAUUGAUGGAGCUAGUAACCGGAAAAAGGCCGAUAGAGCCGAUGUAUGGGGUGAAGACUGACAUAGUGAAUUGGGUGUGUAGCAUGAUCAAGGACAAAGAUAGUUUGUUUCGUAUAUUGGACUCCAGAAUUCCAGAUGGUUUCAAGGAAAAUGCUGUCAAGAUGCUGAGAAUUGCAAUUCUCUGCACAGCAAGUCAGCCUGUGGUAAGACCCACAAUGAGAAGUGUAGUUCAAAUGCUGGAGGAAGCCGAGCCAUGUAAACUGGUUGGUAUUGUGAUUAGCAAAGAUGGUCCUAAUAAGGAAAUUCAAGUGAAAGACAUGAUUAAGUUUAGUCCAGACCAGGAUCAAGUCUUCUGAAGUGGUCAGUUUGGAAUUGAGGGGUCUUUUUGCAUCGGGCCGUCUUUCAGAUUCCAGUUUUUUUUUGUCCCAGUUAUCCCAAAUGCUUAAAUGGAUGCACACGAUUUCAUAUGGAUCAUGUGCGUUCAUCUCAGUGUAUUUGAGAUAGUUGGGAUAAAAAAAUACCGAGAUCCUUAGCAUUGUCGUUUUGUAUCAGUACAAGCCAGCGUUGUAACAUAUUAUAGGAGUGAUUGAUGAUGGUAUAAUAGUAGUAGCAGCAGCUCCAUCUUGUAAUUUCGACGGCUGUUUCGUUUGCUUCCAAGAAAUAGUUUUGGGAGGCAAAAGUUGAAACAGAAAAUAAAGAAAAAUUUGCCUUAAGAAGACCUUCUUGUUUGUUGUGGAUA